UUAGAUCCAUCUUAAAUUUACAUUUUAGCUUCAACAUCACCACCACCAUCACAAACUAUGACAUCAGUUAGGGUAACAACGAAAUCAUCGACAGCUGCAAAAGCAUCCAUAGCCACAGAAACAUCAAAAGCAAGGACAACGACGAAAGGCUCUGACAAACCCAUGAAAUAUGUGUCCAUUUCCGUCGGUGCUGUAGCUGGUGUCUUGGCUGUAGUAUUGGCUGGUGUUUUCCAUAAAAAGUUUAUUAGAAUCUGUGUAAAACGCGAGGGAUUUAACUAUGAUCGUCCACCUGAUAUUGAGCCUGAAAAUCGUGACGUAUUCAUAAUUUUUAAUGGUGACGAUGACGAAUGGGUGGUAAAAGAGCUCCUACCCCUCAUUGAAGAACAGCAUGGGUUCAAAUGCCGAGUUCAUUACAGAGACUUCAUACCUGGUGGUAUUAUCUAUAACCUGAUGUCGGAUCACGUUAACAAAAGUUACAAAAAUGUAGCAGUUUACUCGAAGAACUUUUUGAAAAGUGGCUUUUGUGAUUUUGAACUGAAUCAAGCAAAGCAUAGACUUCUCAGAAAAAAUGACGACAGUUUAGUCAUUAUAAGAAAAGAUGACGUAGAUUUAAGUUCGCUGCCUGAAGAUCUGCGAGAUAGAAGUGUUAUCGACUAUGGCAGUAAUCACGAAAAACCCCACUGGAAAAGAAAACUCAUCGAGUUUCUCAAGUUGCCUAACAAAAACAGGCAUGAAAGCACAAAAAGUAAUGAUACAGUAGUAUCCUCCAUAGACGACGUCGACCCGAUCAGAGAAGAAGUUUUCUGAGAAACAUUUCCGAACAUGGACAGAGGACUUGUUUUACUUUCGCGUAACGAGGCGUCAAGUUACCGUUAUGAAUAUUAGUAAUAUUUAGUUCCUUUUUGAAGCUUUUCGAACCUUUGACGUUUCUCAACGCAGCUAUUUAUGGCAAAUUUCAAAACAUAAAACUUGUUGGAUAUCAUGUCCACUGCACUCGAAAAUUCAAGACCCUGCCACACAGAUGAGAGACUGGCACGAGAGAGAACUCAUGCAAUUAGUAUACUCAGCACGGUGCUAAGUGGACAACAUAUCGAUACAUUUCUCUCAGUGACACACAGCUGGAACACAAUCGUAGUUAAAAUAGUCAAAGUGCCGAUAAUCAAUGGCUGUUUUAGUAUCAUGAGGGUCAAAUUUGUAGACGAUCCCACGUCACUAUUUACUGUUUGUGCGCCAUUUAUAAAAAUAUUCUACAUUUUAAUCAGUUCUCCCCUCUCUUAACCUCAAAUUUGUCAAUGAUAAGAUUUAUAAGUAAUUGGUCUUUGAUAAGAUUUAUAAGUAAUUGGUCAUUGAAUAGAUUUAUAAGUAAUUGGUCUUUGUGUUUGACAGUUUUGGAUAAUCAUAAUUCUCUCAAUCGGCCAGAGAUCAAGACAAUUGCAUUAUCAUUGACCAUCAUUACUGUACAUUCGUCUGGAACAAGCGAUACUACCUUUUCAUUUUUUCGUUCUACUAUCACUGCAAUUGUACUUACCAAAAAGCUAUCGUAAAGAUUCCGUACAUGGCACAAAGCCACUUUUAAAAGGGUUGCAUCACGAAGCAACAAGUCGGAAAGACAAAUUGGAAAGAUUUGUGGAACAUAACAGACUUUUUUUAUGUGUCUUAUAGCUCUCAAAGCCAUGCAUUGUAAAUAGUACAGAGUGCUUUGUCUUAAAAUAAAAUCAU